AUGCCUGGUGUGCCCGACUCAGGCCCCUCCACCUCCUCCCGGAUGACUGCAAAGGCAAAUGCCAGGAAAAAGGUGCCUCGUAGUAGCAUACAUGAUGCGGUACGAGCUGGAGAUGUAAAGCUGCUUUCAGAAAUAGUGGAGCAAGGAGCCAGCAUUAAUGAAGUUGAUGUUCUCCAUAAAUUUAGCCCUUUACAUUGGGCAGCACAUUCUGGAAGCUUGGAGUGUCUCCAUUGGCUCCUCUGGCAUGGAGCCGAUAUCACACAAGUAACCACGAGAGGUUGGACAGCAGUUCACAUAGCUGCAAUUCGGGGUCAGGAUGCUUGUAUUCAGGCUCUUAUAGUCAAUGGAGCAAAUCUGUCAGCUCAGGAUGAUCGUGGAUGUAAUCCUUUACAUCUUGCUGCUACUCAUGGACAUUCUUUCACAUUACAAAUAAUGCUCCGCAGUGGAGUGGAUCCCAGCGUGACUGAUAAAAGAGAAUGGAAGCCUGUGCAUUAUGCAGCUUUUCAUGGGAGGCUUGGCUGCUUGCAACUUCUAGUUAAAUGGGGAUGUGGCAUAGAAGAUGUGGACUACAAUGGAAACCUUCCAGUUCAUUUAGCAGCCAUGGAAGGCCACCUUCACUGUUUUAAAUUCCUGCUUAGUAGAAUGAGCAGUGUAACACAAGCAUUAAAAGCCUUUAAUGAUACUGGAGAAAAUGUACUGGACCUAGCCCAAAGGUUCUUUAAACACAACAUCUUGCAGUUUAUCCAGAGGGCUGAAUAUAAAGGAAAUGAUCCAGAAGAUCAGGAAACUUUAGCAUUUCCAGGUCAUGUGGCUGCCUUUAAGGGUGAUUUAGAAAUACUAAAGAAAUUAGUAGACGAUGGAAUAAUCAAUAUUAAUGAACGUGACAAUAAUGGAUCUACUCCUAUGCAUAAAGCCGCUGGACAAGGACACAUAGAGUGUUUGCAGUGGUUAAUUACAAUGGGAGCAGACAGUAAUAUUACCAACAAUGCAGGAGAGAAACCCAGUGAUGUGGCUAAGAGGUUUGCUCAUUUGGCCGCAGUAAAGCUACUAGAGGGGCUACAGAAAUAUGAUAUUGAUGAAGAGAGUGAAAUUGAUGAGAACAAUAUUAAGUUUUUUAUAAACCAUGGUGUUGAGGGAAGCACUGAUGCCAAGGAUGAUUUAUAUCAGAGUGAGUCUGAUAAAGCAGAUGCCCGAAUGAGAGCGUAUAAGAAAAUUGUAGAAUUGAGACACCUCCUAGAAAUUGCUGAGAGCAACUAUAAACACUUGGGAGGAAUCACAGAAGAAGAUCUAAAGCAGAAGAAAGAACAGCUCAAAUCUGAAAAGUAA